AUGGAGACCCACGAGCUGUUCCGGCGUUUGGGGGCCGGUGCCCGCUUUGACGUGCGGCGGUUCGGGCUGGAUGCGCGGCGGUUCGGGGUGGUUAAAGGGAACCGUGGUAGCGUCUCGCUGGAGAGCCUCGACUUCUUCGGGAAUAAAGAGGGAGCCCCUCAGGGUUCUGCCGAAGAGGGCUGGGGGCUCGCAGGGGCUGAAGAGGAGGUGAAGCAGCAGGAAGAUGGAGCAGGGAAGAAUGAUGGAAAGAGGAAAAGAACGCCAGAAAGCAGUGAAGGGAAAAGGAAAAAGAAAAAGACACGAGGAGCAGUAUCAAUGGCAGAGCUAUCCGAAAACAAUGGAAUUAAGUGGAUGUCCUCUCUGGAAGCAAAAUUUGAAGAUGCAAAAGACAAAAAACCUACUGCAGAGAAGCUUGAACGCUUGAGGAGAGAAAAGAUAAAUCGCUUCAGGAACCAGCACAGGAUCAACAUUCAGGGAACAGAUCUCCCUGACCCCAUUGCCACCUUUGAUCAGCUUCAGAAGGAGUACAAAGUCCACCCUAAAAUCAUGGAGAAUAUCCAGGCUGCAGGCUUCCAUGUCCCAACACCGAUCCAGAUGCAGGCAAUUCCUGUCAUGCUGCAUGGUCGGGAACUUCUGGCUUCAGCUCCUACAGGGUCUGGAAAAACACUGGCAUUUUCUAUCCCUCUCUUAACACAUCUGAAGCAGCCCAGGAACAAAGGAUUCAGGGCUCUGAUCAUAUCACCCACCCGAGAACUUGCCAGCCAGACCCACCGGGAGCUGGGGAAGCUGGCAGAGGGCACAGGCUUCAGAAUCCACAUGAUCCACAAGGCAGCUGAGGCAGCCAAGAAGUUUGGGCCCAAGUCCUCCAAGAAAUUUGAUAUACUGGUUACUACUCCCAACAGACUCAUUUAUUUGCUGAAAGAAGAUCCUCCAGCAAUAGACUUGAGCAGUGUGGAAUGGCUGGUGGUGGACGAGUCAGACAAGCUGUUUGAGGAUGGGAAGUCAGGAUUCCGGGACCAACUGGGUUCCAUUUUCCUGGCAUGCACCUCUCACCUGGUCAGGAGAGCCCUGUUCAGUGCUACCUUUGCCCACGACGUGGAGGAGUGGUGUAAACUCAACCUGGACAAUGUUGUGCUGGUGUCUGUUGGAGCAAGAAACUCUGCAGCAGAGACAGUAGAACAAGAGCUGCUGUUUGUUGGAUCUGAGACAGGAAAACUAACAGCAAUGAGAGAGCUUGUUAAAAAGGGUUUUGCUCCUCCAGUCCUUGUUUUUGUACAGUCUAUUGAGAGAGCUAAAGAGCUUUUCCAUGAGCUUGUUUAUGAAGGCAUCAAUGUGGAUGUCAUCCAUGCAGACAAGACUCAGCAACAGAGAGACAAAGUAGUGCAGAGUUUCAGAGCUGGGAAGAUCUGGGUGCUCAUCUGCUCAGCGUUAUUGGCUCGAGGGAUGGAUUUCAAAGGUGUGAAUAUGGUCAUCAAUUAUGAUUUGCCAACGAGUGCAGUGGAAUACAUCCACAGGAUAGGUCGUACUGGAAGAGCAGGACACAGAGGAAAGGCAGUCACCUUCUUUACAGAAGAUGAUAAACCUUUAUUACGGAGUAUUGCCAAUGUUAUUCAGCGAGCAGGCUGUCCUGUGCCAGAAUACAUAAAACAUUUGCCCAAACUGCAGAGCAAACAAAAGAAGAAAUUCAUUAAGAAACCUUUGACAAGAGAAUCCAUUUGUACCACACCAAAAUGCUUCUUGAAAAAAGGCAAAAGAAAAAUGAAAACUACAAAGGAAAAUACUAAGGGGAAGAAGAAAGAUAAAGAAGACAAAAAAGGCAGUAAAUUACAGACUGUUUCAGAAAGCUGA